GAUUGGUGACGUCACAUUGUUCUCGCUUUCUCUCUCCGAAGCUGCGGAUUCAACUCUUUAGUGAAUAAACAAACUUGGGUGUUUGGAGUUACUGCAAGCAUAUAAAAUUGUGCUACGCUUGUCACUUAGUUUUUGUGAAGUUUAGCUCCGGAAUUCUUGACUUCUCUAAUGGCUUCGGGUGGCGAAACAGCAACGGUGCUGGUUACAGGUGCUUCUGGAUAUAUUGCUGCUCAUAUUAUAAAAUUACUACUUGACGAAGGUUAUAAAGUACGGGGAACUGUUCGAGAUGCACAAAAUGAAGCAAAGGUCAAGGUUUUGAAGGAACUCUGCCCUGAUGCCACUUAUCCUUUGGAAUUGGUAGAAGCUGACCUAUUGAAAGAAGAUUCCUGGAAAGAGGUUGUGAAAAAUUGUUCCUACGUAAUACAUACUGCAUCGCCCUUCCCCAGUACAACACCAGCUAAUGCAGAUGAUGUUAUAAAACCUGCUGUUGAUGGGACAAAGAAUGUUUUACAGGCUUGUGCAGAUGCCGGAACCGUAAAAAGAGUAGUGAUUACUAGCUCAGUUGCUGCAGUCCAUGGGGAAAUGGUGAUGGAAGAAGGAAAAGAAUAUACUGAAGGAGACUGGACUAAUACUGAAUCUGCUUCUCUUGAUUUGUAUUCAAAAAGUAAAACUCUUGCUGAAAGAGCUGCUUGGGACUUUGUGAAGGAGCUCCCUGAGGAUAAGAAAUUUGAGUUGGCUGUUAUCAAUCCUGGACUUGUUUUAGGACCUGUCAUUAAUGGUGCAAUAUCAACGAGUGUUGAGAUUGUUAAAAAGCUGCUGGAACGUUCCAUGCCCAUGGUUCCUAAAGCUAACUUUGCUGUUUGUGAUGUGAGAGAUGUAGCCCUGGCUCACUUGAAAGCAAUGACACUUUCUAAUGCUGCUGAUCAUCGACAUAUUAUCUGCACUCAGAAUGUUUGGUUUAAAGAUAUUGCUUUAGCCCUUUCUAAAGAAUUCAAACCCCAUGGCUACUCCAUUCCAACUAUGGUUGCUCCUUAUUUUGCUGUGUGGUUGAACAGCUUUGUUGAUAAAAUGACUCGAACCAUUUUGCCACGUAUCGGCCGUGAAUUCAGAUUUGACAAUAAAAGGAUGCGAGAAGAACUUGGUAUUACACCUAGGGAGUUGAAUCAAACUUUGAUUGACACAGCUUACAGCCUUAUAGAAAACGGAUUCGUGAAAAAAUCGAAGAAAUACAAGCAAAACAGGAAGGAUUCCGUUGCAGAACAAAAGAAUGCAGAUGCUGAAGAAAAUGCUGAACAAACUGAGGAAACUGAACCCAAAGAAAAAGAUGAACAAGAAAAAUCGGAAGACAAGGAAGAAAUGAAAGAACUUGAGCCUGAGGAUAAACCUGAAAAGAUGAUUAAUGGUGAAAAUGAAAUUAAGGCCCAAGAAGGCACUGCUACACAGUAGAUAUUGGAACUAUUUGCUAAUCCAUGAAUUGUGCAUUUGCUAUUCUCCCCCUCCCCCAAUGUUCUGUAUCUGUGCCUUUAGUUGCUGCUCUGCUGAUAGUUACUUUACUUCUUUUUUUAAGGUGUAAGGUAUUGUGUUUGUCUCCUUGCAUUGAAUUUUUUUAUUGUAUAUGUAGAUGAAGCUUUUGUGAAUGCAGCUUAUUUUACUAUUUAUUAAAGCUUUAAUUUUUGUAUUCUGUGAUAUUUCAGUAUGUAUAUACUCAUCUUGCAAGUCCAAGAUAAAGUUGUGACGCAUCUACCGAGUUGCUGGUCAAUAUUCUAUUUAAAAUUGAAUGAGUCGUUAUGGCUUGAAUUUUAAUCGUAUUUGAAUACUAUAAUCACAAAUUCGUUUUUAAUGCUUAAUCUCGUUCAAUUUUUAAUUCAUGUGUUUCUGUACAAUUGAACUUGUCAGUAUUGCAGCAACUAAACUUGUUUCUACAAUUAGCCUCCAUGCCUAUCUUUUUUACACAGCUCAUUGAAAUAGAAUUUUUAUUCCUGUCUUAUGAAGUCCAGUAUUUUGCUAAGAAUCAUUGAAUGCAAUGUGCUUGAAUAUUGUAUAUAAGAUAUGCUUAAGGUUUCAUUUUUAUGACACUUUUGAAAAUGUCUCAUUCCAUUGUCUUAAGAUUGUGAAAUUACAUGUAAACCUGCCAGUUUUAUUUAUCUAUUUACAAUGUAUAGUUUAUCUUGCUACUUUUAACUUUACAUUUUUUAUUUAUGUAAGCAUUUUUGCUUGUGCUUGCUUGUCUUUUUAAACACCUGAUACGCAAUUUAUAUUAUACACUUUGUACAAUAUUUUUGUUAGCGUUUAUAUUUUUUUGUAUACAACAUUGGUAACUAUAUACACCACUAGAUGAGCUUUUUGUAUUAUGUAAUAUAGUUCGAUAAAACUUCCCCUUUUUUGCUCAAGUUUACCUUUUUUUUUAAGCUUAUUUUUAGUAGUAUGUAAAUGUGUUGUAUUAGUUUAUCGCUUGGCUUUAUAGAUCAAUUUUUGUGCUGUUUUAUUAGAACUUAAUCUACUUACUUUUAAAACUGGCUUCAGUGAUGUAAAUUUGCAUUUUAAUAUCUUGCUUUAGAUCAAAUUUCUUUCAUUAGUUCAUUGCAUUUCAAUAUGUAGUGAAUAGCUUUUGCUGCAAGGAAUGUUCAUGGACCAGAUUGUAGAAAUGUGAAGUUAUUUCAUUUGAAUGUAAAACUGAACUGCACAAUAAAAAUUUUAAUUUAAA